CACACAGGGCACGCAAAAUGCGUCAUAUACGAGGUCCCCUCGCUGCCUUUGUCCGAAAAAGUAAAUCUGAGCGCGGACACUGGAUUGCCCGCACGACCCACCAAGCCCGCUAGGGUUAACCCGUCCCUUUCUUUUCUUUUCUCCCGAGCGCAACUUAUCCCCUCCCCUCCCGAGCGGAGCCGCCAUAGCCGUCACCUCCUCUGCCCCUCUCCGCUGGCUGCCUCCGGCGCCCCAUCUUCUCCACCGCUACCAACCACCGCCGUCCGCUGGAGCGGUUUGCCACCCAUCUUCUCCUUCUGGUCCAGCCUGCCCUUCUCUUCACCGCUGCCGGACCGAGCUCGCCUCGCAGCUCAACGGGGAGUUUGUGAGGAUAACUACGAGGUAGCCGUGAUGGAUGUGGGGUGGAGGAAGAAGUCGGUGGAGGCGUCCAUGGAUUUGGGGAGUACGAAGAAUUGGGGGGCGUAUACGGGUAUAUUCAUUGUGCUCAUGCUUAUCAUAGCCGCUAUCCCGCAUGAUGAGGACUAUCACGACUUCGCCGACCAACGCACACUUCUCCUUGGGAUCCCUAAUACGCUGAAUGUUGUCUCAAUAAUCCCCUUCAUUUUUGUCGGUCUUGCCGGGCUCAUCCUUAAGCACUGUGAAAGCUACUGUAGGCCAUGCUCACAGAGGGGUCUCUACACACUCUUCUUUGCUGGUGUCAGUGUUGUUGGUUUUGCUUCAUUCUUUUACCAUCUCAACCCGAAAAAUGACGCCCUAUUUUGGGACACAUUGCCAAUUAUGAUCGCUUUCACAUCUUUUGAGGUGAUUUUCAUUAUCGAAAGGUUUGAUGAUUCGGCAGGAACAAAGUCGUUUGAAUCAACGAGCUACUGGUUAUGGGCAGUCGGAUUUUACGUUCUUGCAAGAGUAGAAGAGGUUGCAGACAAACCAAUUUAUACGUGGACACUUCAUAUUGUCAGUGGGCAUACUCUUGGUCAUUUAUGUGCUGCAAUGGUGCCUCUUUUUUUUAUUCUCAUGUUAGCGAAAAGGACAAGACCAAUUCAACCAGAAAGACACAUGAUUCUAGUGCAUCAUCAAUUAAUGCUUGCUUUCAUGGUCUGCUUAUUGGUGCCCAAGAUGAUCUGCCUAUGGAUGCCCAAGUUACAGGUUCGUGCCAUAAUGUAUGAAAUCAGCAUUUUAAUGUGGGAGUUCAGUGCUCGUUAUGUGGGUAAUCAGGCAAAGACCUCAGAGGAGCGAGGAAUGUUAGAAACCCCAGUUCGUGCUCGGCAAAUAGUGCCACGUAUUCGUGGCCUUUAUGGGAUGGACACUUAUAAGAAUAAGGUCUUAGAAUUCAUACAAAGUGAACGAUCGGAUGAGUCUAUAUUUGGACUAUGGGGCACGUCGGGUGUUGGCAAGACACGGCUUCUUUCGCUCAUCGCUGAUAGCUAUGCCGAUUCAUUUCGUCACGUCAUAUUUCUUGAUGGUGGCAGUAGCGUGAGAGUGAUGCAAAAUUAUGUCGCAUAUUUUUUGAAAUUGGAUUGGGAGACAAUCUCAUUGUUAGAGGAGCAUUACCGAGCUAAAAUCAUCAUGGAGUACCUAGAGCAUGUCAGUUUUUUGGUUCUGUUAGACGAUGUGCAAGAUGAAGUGUACCCAGAUUUAACAGCUGUUGGUUUGCCGAUGGCUCUUGGGCAUCGGCAAAAAGUUGUUCUUACGUCGAGGAGUCAGGUAGUAUGUGCUCGCAUGGGAUGCACCCUAACAAACACUCUGGAGAUGAAGUGUCUUGGGGAUGAAGAUGCUUGGAGUCUUUUCGAGUAUAAUGCGGGAGUAAAAAUCACAGAAGCUGAUACUGAAAUUUAUGAAUAUGCAAAACAGAUGGUUUCAGCAUGUGGAGGGUUGCCUAGAGCCAUAUGUGCUAUUGGCAUAGGCGUAGCUGGAGCCACUUGCAGGGGAAAACAUCCAGUUGAUUGGUGGUUUACCUACAAGCGUUUCAAGGAUAAAAAUCUGCCACCAGAGCGAAUGGAAGAAAUAGUGCCUGUUCUGGUUUAGGACCGCUGCCCUGGUUUCAGGCAACUUGUGCGUGGCUGGUAGGAGCUGUGGAUACAUGGUUGGACUUCAUUACUUGUUGCUGCCCCAAUCAAGUGUCGGCGAGUCCAGAUGGCGGUCUAGUAUAUGCUUGUGAAUAUGGUGUGAAAUGUUUGAUGAUAAUACUUUCUAUUUCUAGUAUGUGUUUUCUUGACUUGUCAGUCUUCUGAUGCGUAAACACAGAGCAGAACACCUUCAUGCUCCAAUGGAAUGCAAGAGAAGAACAGACUUGUUGUGGAUGCUAAAUUCUGUGCUUGUUUGUUU